UCUUCGACAGCCCUCGUCAUCCUCCUCUCUAAAGUUCCACUUGGACAUCAUGCGCGGCGCUUUCCUCCUCGCCGCCACCUUGUCGGUGCUGACGGCCAGCGCCGAUGACAAGACCACCACGGUGGGCUACUACGCUCCGGACUGGGACGUCACCCUUCCCAGCUACGGUGGAUGGACCAGCACGGCGGCCAGUGUCGCCGGCGUCAACGCCAAGGCCACCACUUACCACGUGGGCUGUCUCAAGGACGCCCCCAAGACCGAUUGUGACAUCAAGCACUCGUGGACGAUCAUUCAAGGUCCCGCGACCGUCAGCGUGUCGGGCGAAUACAUCGCCUCAACCUCUGGCAAGAGCACCAGUUACGACUACACCGUGACCCAGUCCUACCAAUGUUCCCUCAAGUCGUGGACCGAGUCGGCCAGCUGCACGAUGAGCGUGGCCGUAACGGGCAGUUUCGACGGCGGAUCGUACUCGUCUUCCACCUCCACCCAUUCCACCUACGGCACGACCAAGACCUUCCAAGAGCUGGUGGUCACCGGCGGAGUCAAGUCGCUGACGGAGCCCGCCGCCACCAAGACGGCUGGUGCGGCGAACGGCAACGGGGCAGUGGGCGCCAUGGUCACCGCGGCCCCUAUGGUCGCAGCUGCGGCGGUGGCUGCCUUGCUGUAGGAGAGGAGGAUUGGGGAGGAGGGUGGAUGUUGACUCUGUAUUUUGGAUGUAACCAUGUUAGUGGAUGGAUGAAAUGACUUUGGGAUUGAGAAUAACCGGACAAACCGGACAUCUAUCUAGCCUCGUGAUCUGUAUGUGAUGCAUUUAUACCCCCG